AUGGACUCGUUAAGUUCAAGCAUCACCACCGUUCAUUCUGAUAUUAUUCAGACUCACAUCCUCACUCGUCUCGAUGCCGCAACGCUUGCCUCCACCGCCUCUGUAUCCUCUCACCUCCGCCAUCUUUGCACCGACGAGGAUCUCUGGCGAGACAUCUGUAUCGUCACGUGGCCUUCCCUGUUGAACCCCAUUGCCGGCCAAGUCAUCUCCACAUUUUCCGGCGGCCACCGUUCCAUUUUCUCCGACGCUUUCCCUUCCCUUCACUAUUUCUCUUCCCAUUCAAAACAUCCUCACCGUCCGUCCCCUCCUCCGUCUGAAUUAAUCUCAGCCGUCGAUAUAUACUAUCAAGGAAAGUCCGUUUUUUCGAGAGUCCAACGUACGGAGACACAGAAGAACUGGUUUCUCUCGUCGCCGUUAUGGUUGAACGUGGUUGAACCUAACGAGUUGGUCCCUACGCCGGUUAAGUUCGUUAGGAAAGACGACGAGUGGCUGAAACACUUGGAAGAGAACUUGAGUUUGAGCUGGGUCGUCAUCGACCCGACCCGGAAGCGCGCGGCGAAUCUCUCCAGCCGGAGGGCGGUUUCUGUGCAGCGACACUGGCUGACGAGGGAGCUGGAGGUUCUUUAUGCGGUGGUUAUGGCGGGGGAGCAGCAACGGUCGACGGAGCUGGUGCAGUGCGUGGUGAAAGUCACGUGCUGCGGGAAGGUUGGGGGGGAGUUGCACGUGAAGGAGGUGAACCUUGUGAUGGAGGAUAUGGAGGGAAGACACGUGACAGGGAGGGAGGGUGUGGCGAUUCUGCAGAGGGCAAUGGAGAAUGGGGAGAGGAAGAAAGUGGAUGGGGUGAAAGCUAAGGAGAGUUUUGAGAAGUUCGCGUGCAUAAUGAAGGAGAGGAGAGAGACCAAGCAUCGGAGAGAGAAGGCACGUGAUGUUAUUUCUACGCUGCUUGCAUUCAUUGCUUUCCUCUUGUUUUGCUUCCUUGCUGGUCUUUGA